GCCAGACCAAAACUACCCACAGCCUCCUUAAUGCGUGUAUCAGAUUGCGUCCUGUCGUAACAGGCUCUUUGUUAAGUCGUUUUCAGUAUUUCAUUUUGAUGUUUUCUGGGAAUAGCACCAAAGGGAUCAUUAUCAUUUAUUAACUUCAUUUUCGUUGCUUACAUUAUAGACUGUAAGUGAGCCAAACGAUAUACAAAUGGCACAAUUGACAAAGGAAAUAGAACACAUGCCUAGAGACAUGGCUAUCUUUUCUCGUUGCUUGAGAUCACUUUAUGCAGAAGAAGCUGUAGGAACUAAUUCAGGAGCCGCUGUAAAAUUUAGAAAGCUACGAGAUGAUACCAGAAAGGACGCCAUGGUUUACCUCAUAGUGGUUCUUCCAACUUGUUUCAAGUUUUUGGUGUCCAUAAGCAAGUCGAUUGAGAACUAUGAAGCGUUAGAGUAUGAGGAAUGGUGUGAUAAACUUGAAGACAUACUUGUAAAGACUACUGGCUACAAACAGCUUUGUGAAAGGAUUACAAAGAUGCAUGAAAACAUCCUUGUUCCUCUUAAGAAGAGACAAGAUCAAGCCAACUUGGUCGUCCAAGAGCUUAAAGACCUACAGUUGGAGUUCGAAAGAAAAAAGAAAGAAUUGGAAAAAAGUGCAGAUGAGAAAUCUAUGUGGGCAAUUGUCCUCUUUUUUAUUCCAAUUGUUAAUUUGAUCGCGACUCCGGUUUUGCUUGAAGAGUCGGCAGACGAUACUGCAAAAUCAGUUGCUCAUGGUGCCCAGGCAAAAGUCCAAGAAGCMGCGGCAUUAACGAUCCAAGUAACUUUGAUACCAGCGCUAAAGUCGUUCAUUGACGGUCUGCACAASGCAGCAGGCUUCUUCAAGGUGAUGGAAGUGGAAUUGGGAAAGUUUCAAGGAAAGGCUGAGAAAAGCAAGGAAACUAAGAAGAAACUUUACUACAAAAUAAUGAAAGCAGAGGCAAAGAAAAUAGAUUCUGUUUGCCAAAGAUCUUACAGCGUCAUUCCAGUCGUAACAAGUGAUCUUCAAGCCAUUCCUACCUAAGGAAGAGACCAAAAUUAUGUGCACAAAUGGCUGGAAAAACAAAUUCAGAUGAUAGAAGAGAAAUGCACUGCUSGAACGCUUGCGAGAAAAUUGGUUCAAGCAAUUACUGGUGGGCAAGAUGCAUCCACACGAAAAGCCAUAACACGUAAAUCAUAUCUCUUUUAUUAGACCAAGGAACGUGAACAUUUCGAUUCACUUACCAUAGACGGUUAACACAGAUAAACUAGAUUUUUUAUAGUCAGUAUUAUGGUUUCUAUACUAGUAUAGUUUCAGUUUUGCUCACAAGCGACAUAUAACUAGGUGUCGCUCAUUGCACCAUUCAGUAAUUAAGCCAUGCAAAAUCAUAGUUUGUUUGGUUUGACCGAUGUUUUGAUCAGUUUCUUGUAAAGUGCACUCAUAGUUUCUAAUUAAGAAAAUUAGAGAACAUGGUAUACUUCUAAUUGUUCAGUAAUAACUUGAUUAUGUAUUUUUUCUUGAUGUUUCAAAUCUGUUUUUGAAUAAAGGUUUGUCUGGAAUGAAUAAAGAUCUUUCCCCAGAA